AUGGCGCCAAAGCUCGCCUCCAGCGGCGAGACGGCCGCGCUCAUUCGCUCGCUUCAGGAAAUGUCCGUCGAGCAACAAGCUGUCCUGGCACAGAAGUCCGUCACACUGCUUGGUGAGUUGAAUAUCCAAACAGGGCUCGCAAGAUCGCAAGAUGCGUGUUCUUUUGCGACCCUGCUCACGCGAAGCAUCAAAUUGUCUUCUCCGUGAUCGUUACAGAUGUCCAAGGUCGUCCAGAUGUGGGAGGCACAAAAGUAAGCAACACUUCUCAGUCCCAUCCUAUGCUUACUCGUCAACGUCGUGCUGAUUCCUUGUCAUCGUCAUCCACGUCCGAAAGGGUCGUCCUAUCACUCUGUAUGCCAACAUGUACAGUCUUGGUAUCGCAGGUCAAGCUGCUAAUAGUGGUGGUAACAAGCCAUCGGCUCGAGGUGGUCGUGGCGGUGCGACAUCGGCCCGUGGGGGCCGCGGUGGAGCUGUGAGCUCCCGUGGCUCUGGCACCGGCAAAGCUGUGCGAGAAGUCUUUCAUUACGAUGUCAUCAUCGAGUCCGUCCCUUAUACAGGCGAUGAUGGAAAGUGAGUGAAUCGAUCGAGUAAUGACUCACCUCCCAGGCGAGCUGUCGUUGACCAGGGCCCGACUCCUCUCCCUACAAGGACUCGCGGCACCCCGAAGAAAGACGACUUUCCGCCGCGCGUCAAUCACGAUGUGCUUGAGCAUGGCCUAGCUCAAGCCGUCAAGCGAGGCGAGAUCACCCAGGAGAUAGCUACCAGUGUGGCGUACGAUGGGCGCAAAAAUGCCUACUCGCCAACGGAGCUACCAAUCGACAAGAACCAGCUCAAUGUCGAACUUCCGCCCAAGCCAAUCAUCGGCGCCAAGACCGAGCAGCCAUCCGGAAAAGAACGCCCUCGUCAGUUUAAGCUGACUUUCACUCAGGUUGCCACGGUGGACUUUGAAAUCCUAGAGCCCUUCUGCGCUGGCGAUCGCAACACCAUCCAUGCCGGCGGCGCUACGACGAAUGAAAAGGUCACAACGGCUCUUCAAGCUCUCGAUGUCCUCGUUCGCCACGAUCCAGCAAAGAAGUACAAGGCUCACGGUGGAGGAGGUCGACGCUUUUUUGAUCCCAAGCUUGCCGUCAAGAUCAGCGGUGGAGCCGAAGUCUACAAGGGUUUCUUCGCCAGCAUUCGUCCAACCAUGUCUGGCCCCGUUCUUAACAUCGACGUCGCCUUUAGCGCUUUUGUGAGCGGUGGUGAUUUCCUCACCGUCGCUGCUGAGGUGCUAGGGCUCGGCGGCGGUGGAGGAGGUGGUCGUGGCGGCCGCGGCGGCGGUGACCGUGGUGGCCGUGGUGGUGGCCGUGGUGGUGGGCGUGGCGGACCUCCUCCCGGCGCUCAUGGUGGAGGCUCUUUGCGCCUCGAUCCGAGACAACAGCAAGAGCUGCGCAAGCGCCUCAGAAUGGUGCAAAUUCAGGUUACGCACCGACCGUCGAACAAGCUGCAGAUCUUCAAAGGAUUUUCGCCCCGACCGGCGAAUCAGACCAUGUUCAACUUGCAAGACGGCACACAGGUGAGACUCGCACGAGCCGUCGCCAUGACAGCUGAACUUACUGAUCUGCUUUGCUCGAACAUCAGACUUCCGUCGCGGACUACUUCUUCAAGACGUACAGCAUUCGUCUACGCCAUCCAGAUCUGCCUUGCCUUCUCCUCGGCGGCAACGGCACCUUCGUGCCACCCGAGCUAGCAAGCAUUGUCCCUGGUACCCCAAUGAAUCCCUUGAAGCUCAGCGUGGAUCAGGUGCGUCGUCCGUUGCAACUUCGUUCUCGUGCGGCAUGGUGCAACGACUGAUCUCCAACCUUGACCGUCACAGAUAUCUGACAUGCUGAAGAUCAGCGCUCAGAAGCCGGCAGAGCGUGCAGGCCGCAUCGCCGAGAUUCGCAGCAAUGAACUCGCCAUUGAGAAAUCUGCUCGCGUCCAAAGCUGGGGUCUCGACCUGUCGCCGACGCCCAUGGAAGUUACCGGUCGUGUGCUGGCGCCGCCGAAGGUCGAAUACGGACAAGGCCGAGUUCCUGCACCUAUCAACGGAUCCUGGAACCUCAAAGCAGUCAAGUUCGCUAGCUGCCCCUACCAGCUCAUGACAUGGUCUGUAGUCAACUUCACUCGAGCUCCUGACCAGGUCGUGCAAUCCUUCGUCCGUGCCUUCGUGGGGCAUAUGCGUGACCUGGGCAUGGGUGUGAGUAAAUCAUUGGGCGCGACCUCGAGACGCGAUGCUGAUCAAUUCUCCGAACAAACGCCUUCAGAUUCUCGAGGACCAGCCAGCAAUUUUUCGCGGAGAUCCAUUCGACAGUGGUCUCAUUCAGGGCGCUCUGAACAACGCAGGCCGCGAGGCCUUUCAGCAAGCCAAAAAGAAAUUUGCCGGCAAAGCUGUGCCACCACAAUUGUUCCUUUGCGUGAUGGAUCGAUCAGAUGCACCUUUCUACGACCAGAUCAAGCGCACCUGCGCCCUUUUUUUAGCGAGCCCAGUGCCAUCGCAGGUCGUCAAUGCGAAGAAGGCGUUUAACGACCGUGGCCAGCCACAAGUGAGUCUAUUCGCUUUCAUCCGCCAACCGUUCGAGAACGUGCUUAACCUCCGCCAUGUCCACCCAGUACUGCGCCAACGUCGCUAUGAAAGUGAACGUGAAGCUAGGAGGUCAGAAUCAGGUGUGUGCCGCGCUUCGCUUCUCAUAACGAUGCACACGCGACGUACUCAUACUUCGUGAUGCCCAUCUGCAGAUCAUUGCUGGGCCACAGAACUUGCCUGGACUUCCUCCGCAAGCCAUGCUGAUCGGAGCCGACGUUUCUCACGGGUCGCCUGGCUCGACACUUCCAAGUAUCGCCGCCUCUGUCGGUACUAUGGACGCGAAGCGAUCUCGCUAUAGCAGCGAGGUUCGUGCUCAGUCCAACAAACGUGGUGGCGCGCAAGAAGUUAUCUUGGACGCAAAGAACAUGUUCCUUGGACAUCUGAAACGUUGGAAGGAUUCUGCGCCACCCUCUGCUAUUCUAGUACUACGCGACGGUGUUUCCGAAGGACGUGAGUUGAACGCGACUGAUUCGCCGCACCUUUCAACGAGAUCGUUGAUGAUGACUUUCCUUCUCUUCAGAAUACGUGCAAGUCGUCGAAGCCGAGUACAAGGCUCUCCGCGAGGCUUGCCGCGAGUGGAGACCGAACUUCCAAGUGCCAAUCACUUACAUCAUCUGCGCAAAGCGACACCACAUUCGCUUCUUUGCACGCAAUCCGAACGACAACGACCAGCGCUCGCAAUGUCUGCCAGCUGGAACAGUAGUGGACACUGAGAUCAUGCAUCCAUUUGGUUGGAGCUUCUGGCUACAGGCUCAUGGAGGCUUGGUUGGCACGCCACGCCCUACUCACUACGUCGUCCUGCGCGACGAGAACAAGUUCACCUCUGACAACCUGCAGCAAUGCAUCAACAGUCUCUCAUACAGCUUCCCUCGUGCAACGAAGGCAGUAAGCUUGGCUCCUCCGGCUGUUCUAGCCGACCUCCUUGCGGUGAGUGUGCCUUAAUACUCUGGCGAAAGCCAGUUACAAGAGAGCUGACUUUCGUCUCAUUCGCCAUUGCGCAGGAGAAGGCCCGUGCGCUGAUCCACGGCGAAGCUAUGUCAGACGUAGAGAGCAGCACGCAGGCGUCUUCGGUUGCGCCAACCGAUCUUAGCGAAGCCGAGGCCCGUGCUGUGAUGAAACAAUUGGAGCGAGGCGCAAACAACCACUUCGUGGAGUACCAGUGGUACCUCUGA